GAUGGCGGCGCUGGUGGCAGCGGAUGCCCCGGCGCCCCCGGGCCCGGCCGAGACGGCGGAGGCAGCGGAACUGAGCCGCGCCCUGAGCCGCCUGCUGCCGGGGCUGGAGGCAGAGAGCAAGCUGGGGCGGCGGCGCGCGCUGGAGGCCCUGCAGCGCGAGCUGGAGGCGGCGCGGCCCGGGUCGCCCGACACCGCGGACGACGCCGCCGCCUUCCAGGGCCCCUGGGCGCGCCUGCUGCUGCCGCGCCUGCUGCGCUGCCUGGCCGACCCGGCCGAGGGCUGCCGCGCGCUGGCCGCGCACCUGUUGGACCUGGGCCUGCGGCGAGCAGCACGGCCCCAGGACGCCCUACCGCGCCUACUGCCUGCGCUCGCGGCUCGCCUGGUCGGCCCCGAGGCCACGCGCCGGGCGCCGCCCGAGCCGUGCGAGGAGCUGCGCCUGGCGCUCGUGCAGCUGCUCGGCCUGGCUGUGAGCCUGGGAGGCGCCGCGCUCGCUCCCUACCUCGACGACGCGGUGCGCGUGCUACGCUGCACGCUGCUCGACCCCUUCGCCGCCGUGCGCCGCGAGAGCUGCGCGUGCGCCGCCGCACUGGCGCGCGCCACGCCAGAGCAUUUCCACAUGCAGUCUGAGUCCCUGGUGGGCCCACUGAUGCAGACCGUCGCCCACCAGCACUGGAAGGUCCGUGUGGCUGUCAUUGAGGCCACUGGCACAGUCAUCCAGUUUGGCAACGGGAAGUCCGUAGACGACGUGCUCUCUCAUCUGGCUCAGCGGCUGUUUGAUGAUGUCCCACAGGUGCGGCAGGCGGUGACCUCCGUGGUGGGAGGCUGGCUGCUGGGGCUGCGGGACCGGUACUCCUUCUUCCACAAGCUCAUCCCACUGUUGCUGAGCAGCCUGGACGACGAGCUCCCCGAGAUCAGGGAGUUGGCCGCCAGCCUCUGGGAGAAGGUUGGCUUGCAGUGGCAGAAGGAGAACGAGGAGGACCUGAAGGACAAGCUGGACUUCGCCACCCCCCCACCCCCCCACUACCCGCUGCAAGAGAGCCGCCCAGGCCUGGGCUGCCGGGAGCUCGUCUUCAGGAACCUCUCCAAGAUCCUGCCAGGCCUCUGCCGGGACCUGGCUGACUGGGUGGUGGGCACCAGGGUCAAGGCCGCACAGCUGCUGGCUGUGUUGCUCCUGCAUGCAGAGGACCAUGCCACACAGCACCUAGAGCCUGUCCUCCGGGCCCUGCAGCACGCCUGUGCUGACGAGGAGACCGCCGUGGUCAGCAGCUCCACUAAGUCGGCAGAGUUCAUCGGAACCUUUGUCAACCCGGAAGUGUUUCUGAAGUUAAUCUUGUCGCCAUUGAAGAAGUCACCCUCUGCCUCCAGCCUGCUGGUCCUGGCCUCGGUCCUCCGGGGCUGCCCUCGAGAAGCCCUGCAGCCCCACCUGAAGGCCAUUGCCACAGAGCUGGCCCAGGCCCACAUCUGCCAGGCGUCCGAGAACAAGCGUUACCUGGAGCACCUGCUGCUCUGCGUGCAAACCCUGAUCACCGCGUGUCGGGAGGACUGCUCUGCAUGCAGCCUGCAGCUCAUGCAAGUGCUGGUGGCCAUCCUGGCUGCCUCCGGCGCCGCAGACCUGGAUGAGAAGGUGCAGGAGACAGUGGGCUCGCUGGCCGUGGCAGAGGGCUCUCAUGGGCCCCAGGACGUCUACCAGAAGCACAUGGGUGCACUGAUGGAGUGGGUGACGGCCUCGCAUGGUGACUGGACCGUGUACUCCGCGGAGCUCGCGCAGUUUGGUGUGCUCAUCACUCAGGCAGGCCCCGCCGUGGGAGAGGCCCUUCAGUACCUGAUCCCUACCCUCAGGAGCUGCCUGCAGCCCACCAGGGACCCCCAGAUGCGCCUGAAGCUUUUCUCCCUCCUGUCGAAAGUACUGCUGAGAGCCAGGGAGACGGUGGACUCGAAAGGGCACUUCCACAGCCAUUUCAAGACACUGGUGACAGACAUCCUGGUCCCCAACCUGCAGUGGCAUGCUGGAAGGACUGCUGCAGCCGUCCGCACAGCUGCCGUGUCUUGCCUCUGGGCGCUCAUCAGCUCCGGGACCCCAUCCACCGACCAGAUCCUGGAGGUACAGGGGGUGCUGAUGCCGCAGAUGGUGACCACCCUGGAGGAGGACUCCCAGAUGACCCGGCUGAUCUCCUGCCGCAUCAUAAAUCUGUUUUUACAGACCUCUGGUGACACACGUGAGCCAGAGAAGCUCCUCAAGACCUACCCAGAACUCUUAAAACGCCUCAACGAUGUUUCCAACGAAGUGAGGAUAGCGGCUGCCACCACCUUAAUCACCUGGCUGAAGUGUAUCCCCAAUGACGAUGGCAAGUCCUACUAUCAGAGUAACAUCCAGUAUCUGUACAAGGAGCUGCUCGUGUACCUCGACGACGCAGAGCCAGCCGUCCAGGACGCAGUCUUAGAGGUGCUCAAGGAGGGUAGCAUCCUAUUCCCCGAGAUCCUGGUGCAGGAAACAGAGGCCGUCCUUCACAAGCACCGCUCCCCCGCCCUCUGCCAGCAGCUCUUGCAGCACGUGCAGGCCCUGGCAGCCGCGUGCUAACGGGUUCUCAGAGCACCUCAGUCCAGCGUUGGGAGCCAGUGCCAGCCUUCGUCCUUAUCUGGACUGGAAUUUGAGCCUUCAAACAUCUGAAACAGGGCAUCUCUUCGUCAACAGCGAGGGCUCUCACAAGUGAGACUAUGACAGCAAGAAGAAUGUAGUCCCCACGCAAUGUGUCUCCUGGGACAAGUGUUCUAGCCCGCCCCUUCCCGAAACAGUGCUCACCAGCGGGGUCUCUAUUUUUCUGUCUAUUCAUACUGUUCAUUGAGAGGUCUGCCGAUGACCUACGAUAAUUUGAAGUUAGAGCUAAAUGGCAACUAGCCAUCCUGGCAGCUAGAUCAGCUCUACUGUUACUUCCUUUUUUAGGCGCAAGUGCACUGCUAGGGUCCUGGUUCUGCCUGCUGAAAUGCCCAGUAAGAAUAUUCUUGACCAUUUUUAAAAAGCCAAAGAAAUACAAAGAUUUUUCAUUUUUCUUUGGGUUCUAUCUCCUGAAACUUACUAUCUAGGUGAGCAGACCAAAAGGAAUUUGAAAUCUUAAGAACUGUCAUCCAUGAAAUUUCUCAUUUUAAAUAUACUGGAAUUUCAAGUGUUACCUGGAUACAAUAUUUUUGGUGUAGCCAGUAAUGCUCAUACUGGCUUAUAGUGUUGAAAAUAGAAUCAGAUAUCAUUUUGGUUGCUCUCUUUUAACUAGCAGUAAAGUAAAAUUGCAUCUAACUCUAGCACUUUCUACACCCAAGUGCCUAAAAGAUUAGUUUCAAGUGAGUAUUUUUUCUAUAAGCCAGUAUUUACCUUAACAUAAGGGCAAAAAAUGCUGUGUAUUUUCCAACGAUCGAAUAUUAACAUUUAUGUUUUGGUGUUUGAAAUUUUAAUUAAAACUAUUUAUACUUUUUUUGUGGGCUUGGUAAUUAAUCAGCAUUUUUAGAAACAGCUAAUUUUUUCCCUAGAGUAACCUCAACAUGAUCCAGUCUGAAGAGUUCUGAGCUCCUGGGCUGGGAGAGCUGCGGAGUCUCCACUUGGUGUAGUGUCCUCUCUGGACACCAGGUGGCAGGAGUGCCAAAGCAGUCAGGACUCCACUAGGGCAUCCUAAGGCUGCCCUCAGGUCUUACCUUGAGUGGGACUAGGGGGGAAUAAGGCCAGGGGAGAGGAGGGGAUCUGAAUCUACACCAUGGACUCAGGUCCUUGCAGCCCAGGCCUCGUGGAGAUACAUCCCUUGUGCUGCAUGUUGGCAUCACCCUUCUGUUCCCAUCAAAGUCUCUGAAGUUGUCCUCUUCAAAACUGGUUUCUGAGCCCAGUUUCCAUAAUUGAUGGCCACAGGGGUUUAGAAUGCCCGUUAAAUACGCUCUUCGACCAAUUCCUAAGUUUCCCUUUGCCUUCUUUCUCUGCAAUUUUCUUGAAGGUUCUUUAAGAGCUGGAGUCUGUGGCCCUAGCCCAGACUACCUUGUCCCUCUAGGGCAGGCCCCAGCACUCAGCCCUCCAGGUGAUUCUGGUGUGUGAGAGUCUCUGCCUGAGCACCAAGCAUUGGACUAUCCAGCUCUCUCUUCUGUCUUUAGUCAGCCAUUAGGUGUCACAAGAACCAAAACUAAAUGGCAGAGAGCUUGGCUGAGAGGACAACACGAGCUGAAGUACACACUCAACUCCUGGUCAGCAGUGGGCCUGCCUUGUGAGAACAGGGGUGAGUUGGUAUGCCAACGGUGUGGCUGUCCAGCCUGGCUACCAGGCUGGCUGACAUAGUCUGCGAGUGGGAAAAUGUGUAAAGACGUAUUAGCAGUGCAUUGUACAUUUUUAAAGAGAAAUACUCAGAGACAGCAGUACGGUGAAUCCGUGUGACUUCGCACAAUGUUAACAGGUUACACAUGUUCAGAGAAAAACACAAUUUCAGUCUACAGAGGGUUAAUCUAAACUGAGAAGCACCAUGUCCAUCCCUCUCCACUUCACUAAAUGCUUUGAGAUUCUUGUCAACUCCUCAUUCAACUCAGUCAGCAAAUAUUUACGGAGCCCCUGGCAAUCCCAUGGCGGGUGGUGGGGAAGCAGGACAAAUAAAAUGCAGCCCCUGAAGCUUACCGCUUUCCUGAGGUAUAAUGUACAUACCACAAAACUGACUUGUUCUAAGGGUGAGUUUUAGUAAAUUUACAGAGUUGUGCAACCACUACCGCAAUCCAGUUUUAGAACACUUCCUUCAACCCAAAGAGUUCUGAUUUGUAAAUCAGAAACCGAAUUGACACGGGGUGAUAUUCUUGGCUCAAAGGCCAGCACACCUGUUUCUCCUGCAUAGAGAAGCCUGUUCAGGAUGUCAAAGCGAAAGGUUUAUCAAAAGUUUGUCUUGCUCCAGACUUAAUGGUCUGACUGAGACUGGGAGGACCCUGGUGGUCAUGGCCCCCAGACCUUCUGUUGACCCAGGACAGGAACCAUUCCCAAAGCCAACUCUUCAGACAUGGAUUGGACUGGACAAUGGGUUGGAGAGGGAUGCUGGUGAGGAGUGAGCUUCUUGGAUCAGGUGGACACUUGAGACUAUGUUGGCAUCUCCUGCCUGGAGGGGAGAUGAGAGGGUGGAGGGGGUUAGAAGCUGUAGAAAUGGACACGAAAAGAGUGGAGAGAGACAGUGGGCUGUCUCAUUAGGGGGAGAGUAAUUGGGAGUAUGUAGCAAGGUGUAUAUAAGUUUUUAUGUGAGAGACUGACUUGAUUUGUAAACUUUCACUUAAAGCACAAUAAAAAAUUUUUUUAAAAGUUUGUCUUGUUGAGAAAUGAAAACACAGAGAUCUGUAUGCAAGUGUUCACAGCAGCCUUAUUCUAGUCCCAAACUGGAAGCGAUCCAAAUGCUUAUCAAGUUGCAAAUGGGUAGACUGUAGUAUACCCAUACAACGGAACACUACAUUGCAAUAAAAAAGAACAACUGACUGAUACACGCAGCAACGUGGAUGGCUCUCAGACAUUAUGCUGAAUCAAGACAGACAGACGAGAGUGCGUGCUGUAUGGUUCAAAUGGUAUUCUGUAACAGGCAAAGCCGUUCUACAUCUCUCUUAUGGAAUCAACGAUGGGUAUAUAGAAGCUUAUUAUGCUUUUCUCUUUGUGUAUGUGUGUGCGAAAUGUUUCAUAAUGAGAAGUAUUAAAAACGUUCAAAAAACACCAUCUGGCUGACCUUGGAAUGCAGAGGCUAAAAUUGAGCACUCGGGGAGGCUGGCUCCUCCAGAUAGGAGCAGGAAGCAUGGCGUACCCUUGAUCAAAGGCUUGUCUUUCCACUAACCUCCCAACCAGCCUGGGAGCUUCUCUUUUUCACUUUUUCCAUUUUCCAGGAUUCUCUAAAGAGCUAGUGUUGUCCAGACUUCGAGGCACUGCCCGUGGGAUAUCAGACAUAAGAGAAGGACAUCACUGGAUGUUACGUAGGGUGACGGGCUUUCCAUUGUUGUCCUCCAGACUUUGAAUCAUUGAUCAUUUUAAAAACAUCUUAAGAGGCCAUGGGCAGUGCUGUUGUGGAUAGCUCUUGUUACCACAGAGGGUACCCUGUCAGUCUCCUUUGACUUAAGCAUGUCCUUGGCCCUUGCACUCCCAGAGUCUGACUCUUUCCUGUGACUUUUCCUGUAAGAAAAUGAUGGUGCCAGGAGCCAGCUUGGACGCGGAGGCCAAGGCAAACGCACUUGUUCAUUUGUUCUCAGGCUUCCACUCAAGGGUUUUCUUAAUGACUUAGAAAGUGUAAUUUGAAGAGACAAGGCAGUUGCUGGUUCUUGGCUGACAACAAAUGGUAACUUUAGACAGAAGAAUCUGUUUAGAAUUCUGGGUGUUCUCCUCCUGGCCUAAUUGCAGGCACUUUUAUCCUUUAGGGCCAUGUGUUAGUUUCCUUGUAUUUCUGUUCUUCAGAAAGUGAGUUGACAGUUUCAGCUAAGAUAGAAGGUAAAGAGGUGAUAAUGACGACAAAAUGUAAAAUGCGGGACAGGACAAUGGCCUUUUAAACUAGUGUAGAGGAACUAGGCCUUGUGCAAAAGGUUGGCACUUUUUUGGAUACUCCAAAUGAUAGGCUUUAGAAGUGAGGUUUUCCUCCUUGAGUCCAAUUCUUUCAAGUGCUAUGUCUAUGCCAGGGUAUUUCAGUUUUAAUAUAAAUACACGAGUCCUGCUGACCCUGCAACUGUGGGUGACAAAGGCUGUGUAAACAAUGCCUACAACCUAUUGGAAAUGGUUGUUCUGGGACUUC